AUGCCGUACUCUUGUCCUCUCCCAAACAUUGGCAACUGCACCAUAGGGAAGUGCCCCCUCAGCUGCGCUCAGGUGGAAUAUAUACCCACGCUUACCGGUAAUGUUCUAUAUGGUGUUGCCUUCGGAUUGCUUGCGCUUGCGCAGCUCACGCUUGGUAUAAAGUUCAGAACUUGGGGUUUCAUGGUCGGCAUGAUCUGUGGUCUCGUCCUUGAGGUAGUUGGAUAUGCUGGCAGAAUCAUGCUACAUGGCAACCCAUUUGACUUUAACAAUUUCAUCAUGUAUCUCGUCCCCCUAACGAUCGCCCCCGCUUUCCUCGCGAGCUCCCUUUAUCUCUGUCUCUGCCGCAUAAUCAUAUUCCACGGCCAACAGAUCUCUCGUUUCAGCCCCCGUACCUACGCAAUCACAUUCAUGACAAGCGAUUUCAUCUCUCUUGUCCUUCAAGGGGCCGGCGGCGGGCUCGCAGCUACCGCUAACAACAGCUCUGGGAGCGAGACGGGGAGAGCAAUCAUGAUCGCCGGUGUGGUGUUUCAAGUCAUCUCGCUACUUAUAUUCAUGGGAUUGUGGCUGGAAUUCGUACUUCGCCUGCGCAAAUCCAGCGCGAGUGCCAAAGACCCACGUUUCGCAGAUAUGCGCUCGCCGCAGCUGUUUAUGCUCAUCUUUAUCCGCUCAGUAUAUCGUGUUGCAGAGCUUCAACAAGGCUUCAAUGGGCCCCUUGCCAAUAACCAGGUGUCGUUCAUGAUCUUGGAGGGGCCGAUGAUUUUCCUGGCAGUGCUUGCAAUGACGGUAUUGCACCCUGGCAUUGCGUUUGAGUGUGCUUGGGGCGCUAGAAGCGGUUGUAGUGAGGAGGCUGUACUGUGUCAUGCAGGGUCUGCUCACUAUGGCAGCUGA